UCACUGAAACUCAAAGAGGAACACGUUUAGCUGCACACGUUUCUACACACAAACCAGGAGACCAAACGCCCAAAUGGUCCAUUUCCAUCCUGAUUCUGUUCAUCAGACUAAAACUUGUUUGUUCAUGAAAAUGAUUCUUCACUCGGCUGGAGGUUUAAGAUGCAGAAAUAUGAACUUUUCCUGAUUAAAGGAUCAAUUCUCACAAUAAAAAACGACUAAAAGCCGAUUUUCUGCCUGAAAAAUACUCUCACUUUAGAUGAAUGAAUGUUUUCUGAGCUAAAUAGAUUAGAUGCAGAUUUUUAAAAACAUUUCCUGUUCAUUUUCAAUGGAAGAAUUCCUCAUUUUAAUAAUAGUUUAUUUUAAGAGGACAGUAAAAUAAAAACAAACAUGGUUAAAAAGGCAGAAUUUUCCAAAGGCUGUUUGGAUCUGUUGGUGAGAAUGUUUUGGUGAAGGCCUUGAAUGCAUCGUCCUCUCCUCAGAACAGAGUUCCUCAUGUUUCCUUAUUUCAUGGAUGAAAGUUUCUUCUUCAGUUUCAUUCGUUUGUACUGAAACGUUUAACCAAAUCAAACUGGUUUAAUAUGAUCAGAUUCGCCGGAUCUGUUCAGUAUUUUGCCGUCUGGUCCCCAACAACCGUUCUCGCGUCCAGAACUCUCCUCUCAGACAUGGACCUCCUCGUAGAAGAGCUGGAGAACCUUUGGAUGUGUUCUGCAGAAAGCUCGUCCUCUCAGGAGUCCUGCAGGAUCCACCUGUCUGCUGCUCAGGUGAUCUCCAUGGAUCUCCAUCAUUAAAAUGAGAUCUAUCAAGUGUCAAAAGAAAAAAAUACUUUUUUUAUCAAAACACAGAAAUGACAUCACUUCAGUUCAUCUUCAUCAAGCGAUCAUGAAGGUAAAGAAAUAUGUUCUUAUUGGAUGUUUGCUUCAAACGAAGCCUCUGAUUGGACGUCUGCGCAGACGCUUCCUGCAGUCGGUUUGUUGGGUCCAAGAGUGGAGAAGAAUCCAGAGAUUCAGGGAGGAACAAAGCAGACAGACCUUCUGGAGGACGCUUGAGUCGGGUCACCUGUGGGGGCGGUACCAGAGGGAGGGGCUUAAAGAACAGAGUGAGGAAUGAAGCUGCAGGAAACUGGUUAAAGGAGAAAUUCCAAAAAUGCUCAACCGUCAAAAAGGGUGGAUCAGUUGAAGCUUCGCAUCAAAAUAAGAAACUAGUGAGGAUGCAGAACUCUCAAUAAAGCGACUGGUCUGGAGAACUUCAUCCGGUCCACACUGGAGAACCGAACAGAACCCGAGUGCAGUAAUCCCAAAGCCGAGUUCAUCUGGGUUUUCCAAACACGGUUUCAUUCAGACGCAGUGAACCGAGUCGAGUCCUCCGGUCCGGUCAGAGGUGAUUCAGGGUUCAGAUCUGGUGUGAACCCAAACGGACCGGGCCGUGUUUUCCUGUCAGUUAUGGGGCUAAAACAACCUCGUUCUACACGACAGACGAAACACAAAAUGUAAGACACUUUUAAGACUCUUUGUAUUUGAAGGUAAAAAAAUAAGGAGUGCAUAUCGCCACCUGUUGGACUGGAGGUAGAACUGCAUCGUCGGCGUUGUAUGUUGGUCCGGCUAGAAUCUCUGAUGUUUCCAGAGUCGUGAUGGGAAAAUGGAAAAAUGUGAUUGGAUAACAAACACGUUCGCUCUCUUUGAAUCAUCACCUAAAACCAAUCAGUGAAAUCUGUCAGAAAUGAUCUUCAGGAGAACGUUCUCAAACACAUCAACUAAAAAUCUCUGCAGAAGGUUUUCUGACUGUAGAAACGGCGUUUCAGAAACUGCCUUAAAUGAUUGAAAUGUGUUUGUAGUUUUUUUCUUCUUGAUUCUGGUCAUUGUUGGUGUUUGAAUCCUUAAAUAACUAAACUCUUAAACCCAAAACGUGUCUGAACGUGUCGCCUGUCUUCAAGCCCUCGUCUUCACCUGAACUCCGCCUUCCUCUGCAUCUCGCCGUCGUUCUGACGUCCUCGGGGUCGGCUCCCCUCAGAGCGCCGCUCAGACUCUUUUGGAGUAAACCAACGGUUUCCCCGAGUGUCUCCUGCCUCACAGGCGUUCAUGACCUUUCAGUCACAGCUGGAUUCUGGCCUCCAGCCUCAGACGCUCUCUGAGCCUCCACACGUCGGCGGCCUGGAGCCCCAAACGCUCCGCCGUCAGACUGUCAUGAGGGAUUAACCACGACCUGACUUUGCCCCAAAUGGUCUUUCCUUUGGUACAGUCUGUGUUUGGUUGGGGGCUCCAUGUCACCAACACCCCGGGGGGGAUGAGGGAGGGGGCGGGGUCAUCUGCCUUAAACUCAUCACACUGAAGACAACAGCUGAUCCUGUUUGGAUCCUCAUGAAAGAAGGAGUUUUAAUCUUCUCAUGAUCAUGACGGUUUCUGCAGAUCCUCCACUUUCAGAUCAGGUUACUGCUGAUUUAACACCAGAUUACUGCAGAUUCACGAGAAGAUUACUGCAGAUUCAAGACCAGACUACUGCAGAUUCAAGAUUACUGCAGAUUCAAGUGCAGAUUACUGUCGAUUUAAAACCAGAUUACUGUUGAUUUAAGAGCAGAUUACUGCUGAUUCAUGACCAGAUUACUGCUGAUUUAAGAGCAGAUUACUUUUUAUUUAAAACCAGAUUACUGUUGAUUCAAGACAGGAUUACUUCAGAUAUGAAACCAGAUUACUUCUGAUUCAAAACCAGAUUACUGUCGAUUUAAGAGCAGAUUACUACUGAUUCAUGACCAGAUUACUGUCGAUUUAAGAGCAGAUUACUACUGAUUCAUGACCAGAUUACUGCUGAUGACUCAACUUUAGUCAAAAAUGUUCAACUUCUUUGAGCGGAAAGAAUUCAAACUUUAUCCUGAUUGAAAUAUAAACGUUUUCCAGGUUGCUGUGGAUCAGCGACACUGAAGCUGCUGGACGUUUGUCUUCAAGUUUUUGCUUUUUUAUUGUUUUAUUGCUGCUAGUUUUUAAUUUAAAGUAGAUCAUGUUUAAAAUAUCCCUUCAAGUAGAUGUUUCCUUCAUUAGUAAUUCUAUAGAAUAACAAAUAUUUUCACUUUUAUCAGUAAAUCUCAGAAUCUUUAACAUUUAGGGAUGUAUAGUGUUAACUUUUGCACAGACUUUAAUUUUAAACAGUUUUCUUGUCUUUCAACAUUUGUUUUCUAAUGAGAAAACUUUAUUAGAGAUAAAAACAUCACAUUUGUAUAAACCUAUUCUUUAAGUUUGACCUGAUGACCUUUACACGACGACUGAUUAGUUCUGCUUUUGUCCUAAAUUGAGGAAAACAUUAACAGGAAAGAAAAAGAACCAGGGAAACGCGGCAGGUCUCUAUCUGGACUAAAACUGAGCCGAGUUUUUUAACACAGAAUGGUACUUGAGAACUCGUGCAUGGGAUUAUGUGAUGUAAGGGUUAUUUAAAUCCCAUUUAUGUUCAUAUCUUCAAAUACAAUUCGAUUAACUAUUCUUAUGUUCAUUUUUCAAAUUUUUUCGGCAAUUAAAUCAAACUAUUAUCUUAUUAAAGUCUAAGUUCAGAAACUUCCAGAAAGUCCUUUUAUUUUGGAGUAACAAAGCAAUCUUUACUAGAAGUGGCCACCAGAGGGCAGCAGCCCGCCACCGCCACACAGAGCAUGACUGACAGCUGUCAAAGCUCAGCUGAUCCUGACAGGAAGUGGGCUCGUGUGGCGCUCUGAGCGCAGCUGGAGGACCCGCGGUGAUGCAGCAGAGCGCAGCAGGCGUCGGGCUGCAGUCCCGCGCCUGUUACAGUAACACAGUCUGACUGCUUUGCUGCAGUCGCUGCUCUGAAGAAGACCUGGAGGUCACCAGAGGAGCUCGUCCUCCGCAGCCUUGAGCUGUGAAGGGAAAUGUCUCGGCUGGAUCUCUGUGGCACAUGGAAGCCGCCUGCAGGAAGCAUCAGGGAGGAAACGGAAGCUGCAGGAAAGAAUCUCCACAAGGAGAAAAACUAGAAACAGAAAUAAUCUGUGCUGCAUUGACAUGACUGUUUUAUCGACUGUGUGGUUUUGAAUCGGGGGGGUUGGUUGAAGCUCCGCAGCCGAGGAAAUUUCACCCCAAGUGUCUCCUGAUCUGCGUUAAAUUCAGAGCCUGAAACUCCAAAGAUGCGUUUCCUCCAGGCGUGGAGACGCGUGUUCAAGCGACCACCUCCACGGAAAAGUUCCUGUGAAUGUUUGUUUCAGGCUUCUUCCUUCUAAAGUCUCACGUUCACACGUCGCUACGGAAGAUUUAAGUCUGAUUUUUGGUUCUAAGUACAAAACACGCAGCCAUUGAACAGAUAGUGAAAGUUAAACCAGGGAAACUUUGACCAAUCAGAGACAGCUUUGGUCGGGACGUUUGCAUGACGCCUUUUUCUAAACACGGAAGUGCCAAUCGAACAAUGAUCAUGAAGGAGAAGGAACAUUUCACACCGAACCUCCUCCAACUGUCAGCAGCUCACGUGCUGGUAAAGAAGAAGUAGAAGCCCCUCCCUGCUUGACAAGUGUGAACACUAUGGGCUAACUGUGUGUUGAAGAACAACGCGUCACAUGCUCAGUGUGAAUGUAGCAUUAUGUGUGUGUAACCUCUAUCAUCCUUCACGAUACACUGACCACACGUAUGAUCUCAAAGGAGCUGCAGACUCACCUGCGCUCCCCUAAAGAUGCAGCUGCUUCUCUAUGACCCUCCACGGAACCGGAUAACCCAAAAACCCACAGAACCCGAACAGGUCAACGAGACGGGUCAUGUGACUGAGGCUUCAGCAAACACAUGGAGUCCCAUCCCCACUCACCGCUGAUCAUCAGGUGUUCCACCUAUGAAAGGAAGCAGGUGUGGACUGUUGGUCUUCACGCUCCGGAUCUCCACUGACAGACGUCGAGUCUAUGGCGAGAUUCCAGCAGCGCCGCCGUCCACCUACACUGCAAGUCCUACCAGAACCCGCUCAUGUUCUAAAGUCAGAAUCACCCAUAGGAGGCUUCUUCCAUAGACUGUAUAUGAGAACUGGACUGAGUGACUCCUCCCCCCAUGGCGUUCCAAGCAGGAAGUGGCUCAAAGAAGUUAAAAUCCCAUAAAGAAAUAACCAGCUGUUAUCGGUCAUUCUAUUGGUCAGAAUAAACAUUCUGGCUCUGAUAACUUUUUAACAUCUCCAUAAUCCUCUUUUUUUUUCAUGAUAUUUUUUCUGUCUCAGUAACUCAAGUUAUAAACUGACCAAUCAGAUGACUCCGUGAGAGCAUGUGGUUCCUGCGAGCCCCCACCUCGAAGAUUCCAAACGUUUGAUUUACGGAUUCUCCUGAGCCACUUCUCAGUGUGGACUUCCAACAAUCUCACCCCUGAUUGGUGAGAGUGGUUACUAUAGAAACUCAGACCGACUCGAACCAAUCACUGCUUACUGACAUCGUCUGGUUCCAACAUGGCGACGCACAUAUCCAGGGAAAAAUGAUGGAUGAAUCGACUUCAUUUGUAUGGAACCGGAGGUCCGACAUUUUCUCACUGUCUCUAUGUCCAGUUCUCUCUUAUACAGUCAAUGGUUUCUUCUGAGGAGAUCUGGUUGCUGCUGUGCUCUGUACUGCCCCCUGGGGGCUGUUUGACCCAUUGCAGGUUCUGAAAACAUUUAAAAUGAUGGAAAAUUCUAGGAAAAAUUCCACCAUCAGAACAUAAAACGCGUUUUUCGUCUCUUCGGCGCGGCGACUGAUCUUUAAAAAAGACCUGAAACGUCCAGAGGAUCAUUUCUGGUUCACUGAUUUUGCAAAACGUUUGUUUCAGAAAGUUAGUUUGGAAAAGAGCUCAAGGCCUGAUGGAAGAAGGUCCAAUAAAUAGAGCUUAGUUAGAGAAAAAUAAAGAUGAGAUGAAUCUAAACCCAAACUAAGAAUACCUCCUUAAAUUCAUGAGAACGUGACGUUGAUGGAUUUUACUUCCAGUUUUGCCAAAACACUCAAACAAUUAAUGAAGGUAAAAUGAGAACAGAAACAGGGACAUCUAGUGGCCAAAGGAAGCUACAGCGACCGGUCGGCCUCAGAAUGAAACGUUCUGUUCAUUUAUGGUAACAGAAGUGAAGUUUAGUUUAAUGAGAUCCAUGCUGUCUCUGCAUUCUGAUCCUCUGAGAUCACAGGAUCCUGAAGGUUUUCUUUGAUCAACCUGCUGAAGUGAAACGUUUCUGUUUGAUCAAAUCUGCAACAACAUCAGAAAAAUGCAAUUAAAAGAGCAAAGAGGCCUUUUGUGAUCGACUUCUCCAACAUUUGUGGCAUCACCAUUUUGUGUUUGUGCUGACGAGAUGAGAGCCGACAGGCUGGGGGGUGGGGGGAUGAAGGGGGCGGGGCGAUGCUCUUACUACAGCGAGCGGCGAGGAGGCUGAGCCAGAGCGGAGGAGAGCAGCAGCUGGAUGGAUGCUGGCGGCGCGCUCCAUCACGCCCAAGCAGGAGAACGCCGACCGACGCUCACCUGAGCCCGCGCCGCAGGAGAGGACACACAAUGAGCUCAGGUGGCAGCAGCCUGGGGGAGGAGCUUACCGAUGAGGAGAAGGAGAUCAUCAACGGCGUUCUGGCUCGCGCCGCCAUGAUGGAGGCCGUGGAGCAGGAGCGGAUCCAGCGUCUGUCCAGUCGUCUGGACAGCAUCAAGAAGACGGCGUGCGGGGACGGACAGUCCCACUGUCUGCUCUGCGGGGCGUCCUUCGGUCUCCAGGCGGUCGCAGCUGUCCUCUGUGCACAGUGUAAAAAACACAUUUGCAGUAAAUGUGGGAUCUGGAUCAACAGCAGGCCGGCUCCCAUGUGGCUUUGCAAGAUCUGCAAGGAGCAGCAAGAGAUCCAGAAACGUUCAGGAGCUUGGUUCUUCAAGGGGAACCAGCAGCACAGUCUGCCUGCCCCCCUCCCUCUGUCCAGAGCGGAUCAGUCCAGACCGGAUCAGUCCAGACCGGAUCAGUCCAGACCGGAUCAGUCCGGCUCAGAAACCAGCUCCGAUCCAAGCGGACGCCAGACCGGAUCAGAGGAACCGCGAACACGCCGUCAGGGACCCGAGCUCCGAGCCGAGCCGUCCUGCGGAUCCCGGCGACGGGAGCCGACAGCAGCACCAACAGCCGACGGCGCCGAUGAGCCUCAUCACGCUCCGGCAGCUGGAAUGAAGACGGAGCGCCAGGGGUCCGCCCCCAAACCCCCCCAGGCAAACGCGCAGCAGGACGCGCCCACCUCAGGUGCAGGGGUGGAGGUCCGCUCGUCCCAGGACAAGCAAACACCUGUUUCCUCUCAGCUUCCUGCUGCCAGAGGGGCUACCCCUGGACAUCCACCUGGACAUCCACCUGGACAUCCACCUGGACAUCCACCUGCCAGCAACGCAACGCCUCCAAAACCCGCGGCAGAGCCGGCGGUAGAGGAGAAUGACUACGACUCUGAUGAUUCCACCACUCUCGGGUCUCUGGAGUUCAGUUUGCUGUACGAGCAGGAAGGCCACGCCCUCCACUGCUGCAUCAUCAAAGCCAAGGGGUUGAAGCCCAUGGACUCCAAUGGACUUGCUGAUCCGUACGUUAAACUCCACCUGUUACCUGGAGCCAGUAAGUCCAACAAGCUUCGCACCAAAACCCUCAAGAACACCUUGAACCCCGUGUGGAACGAGACUCUGGUCUACCACGGCAUCACCGCUGAGGAGAUGGCCCGAAAAACGCUGAGGCUCUCCGUGAGCGACGAGGACAAGUUCGGACACAACGAGUUCAUCGGAGAAACCCGAGUGGCCCUGAAGAAACUGCAGUUCAACCAGAAGAAGAACUUCAACAUCUGCUUAGAGAGGGUGAUCCCGGUGAAGAAGGCUGUCGGAGGAUCCAUUCGUGGCAUGGCGCUGUAUGAGGACGAUCUGAAAGAGGGCGAGGACUCCGAGGAGAGAGGCCGCAUCCUCAUCUCACUGACCUACAACAGCCAGCAGAGCCGGCUGCUGGUGGGCGUGGUCCGCUGUGCUCACCUGGCGGCCAUGGACUCCAACGGAUACUCGGAUCCGUUCGUCAAAAUAAGUCUGAAACCAGAUAUGGGGAAAAAAGCCAAAAAUAAAACCCAAAUCAAGAAGAAGACGCUCAACCCCGAGUUCAACGAGGAGUUCAGUUAUGAAAUAAAACACGCCGAUCUGGCCAAGAAGACUCUCGACAUCUCCGUGUGGGAUUACGACAUGGGGAAGUCCAACGAUUUCAUCGGCGUUUUCUCCGACACGGACAGCUGCUGCCGGGAACAUGACCAGUGCCAGCACACCAUCCUGUCCUUUCAGUCGGAGUUCGGCGUCUUCAACAGCAACAUCUUCACCAUGUCUCACUGCGACUGCGACAACAGGUUUCACAGCUGCCUGAAGGAAGCCAACGACAGCAUCUCUGAUGUGGUGGGAUACACUUUCUUCAACCUGCUGAAGAUGCACUGCUUCACCUUCUCCCACCGACUGCAGUGUGCAAAGAGAAACUGGUUUGGAAUGUGUAAAGAGUCUCAGAUGGCUUUGUACGCAGACGUCCAUCCACCCACUCUGUACGAGACGACUCCGCCUGAGGACUGCAGCAACGUCUCGUGCUCCAACAUCAGCUCCACUGUUGGUACAGAGCAGAAAACCAGUACAUCGUCUCCACAAACACACCUCUCCACCACCACAGCCACCUCCACCUUCCCAUCACCCCCCAGAGCUUUCUCCUCCAUCACUUCUCCGCCCAGCCCUGGGACUUCCACGAGCAAAGGCCCAGCUGGUAAACCCGCAGGGUCCAGACCGGGGAGGGACGACCUGGAGAACGCUUUACCAGCCAAACUCCCGGCAGUGGUCCAGCAGUAUGCUAACGUCACAGAGAGGCAGACGGACUGCAGCAUCUUCAGGGAACUUGAUGAUUGUAAGAUGAGAAUUCUGCCUCAGCAGGCGAAGUACGGCCUCGUCAACACCAAGGCGGGGACGCUGUACCACUGCAACUGUACGGCCAGAUUGUUCCAGACGCUGGCUCAACAGAGGUCACUGACAGCGGUGCAGAAUCUUCUGAUGAGCUUCGUCUCCCAGUCCUGCUUCCUGUUUCAGGACUGCACAUCAGGAAACACCAGCUGUCCGGCCGUGGAGCUGAAAGCUGAACUUCAGCCGGAUCAGCAGGGGGGCUCUGAAGACGGGCAGCAGCGCCACCUGCAGGCCGUUAACCUGAAGGUCAGGAGGCCAAAAACCAGCAGAGCGGCGAGGAAAGACAGACGUGUGAGGCUCUUCAAACUGUGCGUCAGGAAGACACAACCCAGACAAGCGAGGAAGGGAAGAAGAGCAGAACUGAAGACGCAACAACCCGAAUGAAACACAAAAAAGACCAUCCAGGGUGGACAUCCAGGGAUGGAAGGGUUUGGUUUUAUUUAUUGUAAAUAAGAAAUGACUAAAACAACAGAAGAAUAAGGUCCUGGACAAGAUGAACUUUGCAUUAUUUCAUAUUUUCAGGUUUCUUUUCGAGUCUUUUUUAAAGUUCAGUUCUGAACACCUUUGAAACUUUGCACUCUUAGUAUUUAAAUAUUAUUAGCAUUUGGAAGACAAGAAGCAAACGUUUGGCCAAAAUCCUAAAGAAAAAGGACUUCCUUUAAACAAUAAGACUGACUCCGAGUCUUUCGAGUGAUUUCACGGAGUCGGAGAGGAUCUCGUCUGGAGUCAAACUUCUCUGCUGUGCUUUAAAAACCUUUUUUGGACCCGGAGGUCAAGUUGACCUGGAGGAAUCAACAUUCUUUAACAUUGUCUCCUCCAGAUUAUGUGUGUAUUUAAAGAUAACUUAUUUUGGUAACAUUUGAAAUGAAGCUCCAUGAGGAUGUUUUGAGUCAACAUUCAAACAGUUCUUUUCUUUUGUAUUAAAAAGGUUUAAAGUCUAGAUAAAAAGGCUGUUCCAGAAAUAGACUCAUACGUUUCUCUGGAUAAGAUUUUCCUUUUUUUGGUUUAUAAAGUGAAACUGUGGCUUUAGGUUUUCUUCCUGUGUUCCUCAUAAACUCCAUGCACACAUUGCACUUGUAUUUGUACAGAACUGUAUUAGAAAUGUUUCAUUUUGAAGCAUUAAAAUGUGUUUGUAAAUAUGUGUAAAUAUGAA